AUGAACAGGGCGUUCGGACAGAGGCUGAGUGAAAUGAUGAUGACAGAAUCUCCUUUGCGGGAUCAGCAAGACAACUCAAAACAACGCGUUUCAGUUGAAGAGAUCGUAUACAACGAAAAAUUUGUAUACAUGAACCGGCUUUCAGAGGCUAGGAUAGAGACUGAAAAAUUAUUACAUUCCUCCGAUUUGUCCAAAGUCCAAAAAAAGUCGCAUAUGGAGAGGGAAAUCUCAAAUAUGUUAAUGGAAAGUAGAGACAAUACCCAGAGGGUCAGGGACUCCUUCGGUUCCAGUGUCUGUUAGGAGCAUCAGAGGAAAAUUUUAAAAGAGCCGUUUAGACAUUGCCACCUCUUGUAUUCAACAUAUAGCGGAGAAAGCUUCAUUAUCAGAAUUGUAUCGAAAAAAAAUUGCUGAACUUAGACUACAGUUAUCGGUAAAAGAAGAUGUCAUUUGCGCAUUACAGCAUGAUCUGAAAAGCAAAUGUCUAAAACAGCAGCUGCCAGAAAUCGCGCUUCAGCUGGCUGCAGUAGUAGAAAGGAAAGACCAAAAAAAUACUGAAUUCAUUUCGAUUGUGUCCGAUCUUCUUGCGCACAACAUAAAUGAGAAAAAAUGCUGGAAUGACGACACAAAGUCCUUGUUCGCAAUUAUUCUAGAUUAUGGAGGACUGGCCUUGCUAAAGAUAAUCAGGGAAAAAAUUGGCGGGCCGAGUCUGCAGACUGCUUAUGCAACAGCCCGACGCAAGGUUCCUAUUGCAACUAAACUAACAGAAGAUCAGUUUGGAAUAGCGGCCUCAUUCUAUCAACGUGUUGGUUAUACGGGACCAUUUGUCCUGGCCAUAGAUGCUACUGCAAUUUCACCAUGCCUUAGAGUAAGAGGCAAUCGAAUCGUAGGAAUUGCAUCUGAAGAGGACAUUUUGUACGUACUGCACAAGAUAUUAUCGAGGUGA